AAAGAGGGUAACCGUAUCCUCUUUUCAUCGGGAGCUCCUCUUCUUCUUCCACCACCUUCUCCUCCUCCUCCCCCUAUCCUCAGAAAGGUCACACCAAAUUCGUUACCACCACAUAUUGUGUUUUCCCAUUUUUACUCUGCUCCUCCGCAGAUAUAAAUGUUAGCCAGGGAGGGGGCCACUGCCCAACCGAUGCCCGAAAACGAGAGGGGAAGCAGAGGAAGAGGAAGAAGAUGUCGGACAACCCAACCGAAUUCGACCUGCCGGAGCGCAUCACCGCCGUGCUGCCGGCCGAUCCUUACGAGCAGCUGGACAUCGCCCGAAAGAUCACCUCCAUAGCGCUGGCUACUCGCGUCUCCAAGUUGGAGGUGGAAGCUGCUAGGCUCAGGCAGAAACUCGUGGAGAAAGACGAUGCCAUCGCCGAGCUCCAAGAGACACUGCAGAAGCUCGAGGACUCCCUCUUCGAAGCUGAGGAGAAGCUCUCGAUUGCCACCCAUGAGAAGGAAAACCUUCUGAACGAGAACGCCUCUCUCUCCAACACGGUCAAGAAGCUCAACCGAGAUGUCGCCAAGCUCGAGGUAUUUAAGAAGACCCUUAUGCAGUCACUCCAGGAUGAAGAUGAUAGUUCCAUGGGGUCUUCCCAGGUUGUCUCAAAGAAAAGUUCAGACAUUAGUUUCUCCUCCCAAAUGGUUGUUGGAAGUGAAUCUUCAAGGCUUAUGAUGCAGAAUCAACAGUCAGAUAUGAGCAACUCAUCUACUGAAGAUGCCAGUUUCCAUCAAACAGAUGCAACUUCUAGGCAGGGAAUCUCCAGUGGCCUCCUAUUAGCAUCUCAUGGUAGCACUCCAAAGCUCACACCUCCAGACUCGCCAACAAGAUUUUCUGCAUCUGUUUCACCUACAAGGACUUCUAAGCCCGUGUCUCCUCCACGACGCCAUUCAAUUUCAUUUUCAAGUAUGAGACAUUCUUUGGAUUCAUCAAGCCAUAACUCAAUGUCUUCAGGUGGCUCAGAAAUGGGGCGUGGGAGAGUCGACGGCAAGGAAUUUUUUCGUCAAGUCAGGGGCCGUCUAUCUUAUGAACAAUUUGGUGCGUUCCUCGCCAAUGUUAAGGAGCUGAACGCACAUAAGCAAACGAGAGAGGAAACCCUGCGGAAGGCAGAUGAGAUUUUUGGACCGGACAACAAGGAUCUUUAUGCUAUAUUUGAGGGGUUGAUCAGUAGAAGCAUGCAUCAGAAUCCAGUGUAGCCCCUGUGAGCUGUGGUAGUCUCCAUACCAUUCAUGGCGAUUGCGAUGAGAGGCGAACAUAUUCUCUCUAUGCUGAUGGUGGUUGGAAAAGCAGAAUUCGUGCAGUUAGCAGUCAAAAUCUGCAUCUCUUUUUCAUGUGCCUGGAAAUAGUGGUGAAGUUUUGUUCUUAUUUCGCCAUCUCUUGCUUCCAAGUGUGGUUGCCGAUGCAUUAUGUUGUCCUUUUUUCUUUUCCUUGCUUUUGUUUUAACCUCUGGUUCUGUAAUAUGAAAGUUUACAAGUAAAAUGCCUGCUUGUUUGCCUCCUUGCACGUCUUAUGAGGAGGAUGAAUUUAAUAAAUUUGGAGGAAGCAACCACUGGAAGAAAUGUGGAGGGGAAAUAAAAAUAUUUCUUUAGUGAAA